UGCUCUUACACUGUCUCGCUCCUAGAUACGUCCCUUGACUAGGACUGAUAUGCUUGAUGAACGAGCGAGUUGCCCGACUCGUCUCUUGAGUUAGGCUGUUGCAUUUAGACCUAGUCAAACUCAUUCCUACCGCUCGCCCCUUGCCCAACCCUAUGCCAAACAAUAGGUCUUUUGCAAUGGUCCAGUACUAGCGAGUGCAGCCUCACCAAUGAUCUGGUGGGUGAUGAGGCAAUCCCUCCGUAUGCGAUACUUUCGCACACAUGGGGGCCUGGUGCUGACGAGGUUACUUUUGAAGACCUGACAAAUGGCACUGGCAAGGGUAAGCCUGGCUACAAGAAGAUCCACUUCCGUGGAGGACAAGCCAGACAAGAUAGCCUACAAUAUUUUUAGAUUAAUACCUGUUGUAUCAACAAAGAAAACAAAUCAGAACUCUCACAUGCUAUCAACUCCAUGUUUCGCUGGUACUGCAACGCGACUCGAUGCUACGUCUAUUUAUCGGAUGUGUCAAUGACUUCUGCAAAAACAGUUCGAGUCAGCAAUGAGAAGUACAAUCCAUUGCUAUGGGAAUUGGAUUUCCGGAAAAGUAAAUGGUUUCCUUGGGGUUGGACGCUU